UACUCCUCGUCAACGACCCUUUAUUCCUCAUUUCUUUCUUAAUUCUUUCCCUCCCCAUUUUCAUCUGAUUUUUCUCCCUUUCUUGUUUACUUGGCCAUUACAUAUCCCAAUAAUUAAUUCUAACUUAAUUUGUAAAAUCAUAAAAAACCGUUACAUGUCUGCGUGUUGUGUGGGUUGUUUUGUUGGUUUAGGCUGCCUUCGUUGGGGAUGGAAACGAUGUACUCAUAUCGGUGCAGACGACAGCGCCACGUGGCCCCCUGCCACUGUCGAUGAAUUCGAACCUGUUCCUCAUCUCUGUCGAAUAACCUUGGCUGUGUACGAGGAAGAUCUCAACCACCCUCAAUUCCCCCCACUUGGUGGCUACCGUUUAAACCCUGAUUUCGUAUUCAAACGUGUCACUUACCAACAAACACAAGGACACGCCCCGCCGUAUCUCAUUUACCUUGAUCACACACGUCGUGAAAUCGUAAUGGCUAUCCGAGGACUGAAUUUGAAGAAAGAAAGUGAUUACAAAAUGUUGUUGGAUAAUAGAUUAGGGAAACAUAUGUUUGACGGUGGCUAUGUGCAUCAUGGGUUAUUGAAGUCUGCGGUUUGGUUGUUGAAUCAAGAGUCUGACAAUUUACGACGUUUGUGGGUGGAAAAUGGAAGGUGUUAUAAGAUGGUGUUUGUUGGUCAUUCGUUAGGGGCCGGUGUUGCUUCUCUGUUGACGGUUUUGGUUGUGAACCAUAGGGAUAUGUUUGAUGGUAUACCACGAGAGAUGGUCAAGUGUUAUGCAAUUGCGCCUACUAGGUGUCUAUCCUUAAAUCUUGCUGUUAAGUAUGCGGAUGUCAUUUACUCCAUCGUGUUGCAGGAUGAUUUCUUGCCUAGGACGCCUACUCCACUCGAAGAUAUAUUUGAAUCCAUUUUCUGCUUGCCCUGUUUGCUACUUAUGGUUUGUUUGAGAGACACAUUUGUACCCGAAGAUAAGAUGCUCAGAGAUCCUAGAAGACUGUAUGCACCAGGCCGGCUAUAUCACAUUGUAGAGAGGAAGUUUUGCAGAUGUGGAAGAUACCCUCCUGAAGUCAGGACAGCAAUUCCUGUUGACGGUAGAUUUGAACAUAUUGUGUUGUCCUGCAAUGCUACAUCUGAUCAUGCAAUUGUAUGGAUUGAAAGAGAAGCAGAAAAGGCUUUGCUUUUAUUAAAGGAGAAAACUUCUGAACCAGUUACAGAACCACCUAAGGUACAAAGAUUUGAUAGGUUACAAUCAAUUAAAAAUGAACACAAGGAGGCAUUAGAAAGAGCAGUUAGCCUUAAGAUACCUCAUGCAGAAACAAUGAUGAGCCCAGAAGAUGAGGAGAAGCAACCAUUAACUAGCAAAACUGAAGAAUGUUACAAGCAAGAGGAACCAUCUUUAAAAGAUUUGAAUGUUGAGCCCGCAAAACAUGAAAAUAGAGAUGUCGAGAAUGCAAUACCUAGUCAGGCUAACUGGAAUGAGUUAGUUGAUAGACUAUUAAGAGCUCCAAAAUAUGGAGCUUAGAAUUAUCUUAUUGUCUUGGGCUCCAUCUAUUGAGUUCUCAUUGUAAUUAUGAUGUAUAGAAUUCUCUCUCUAUUUAUUGUGUAUAGCAGGCGCAUUACUUUCUUUCUUGCACUUGUGCAGAAUCAAGUGCAAACAUUCAUUAUGUACGUAUAUUUCUUGUAUAUUUAUGUUCACUAGAUAUCU